AUGGAAUAUUGUGCCAAAUGCGAGAGGGAGUUUGUGUCUGAAGAAUCCCUCGAGCAGCACUUGCGUCAUUCUUCCUCCCACGAGUACUGCGUACGAUGCAGUAAAUCGUUUGAUUCAGCAUCGGCACUGCAACAACAUCUUCGAGACUCUUCGAAGCACCAUAUAUGUUCAAUGUGCACUACACGUAUGGACUUUGACAACAGAGCUGAUCUUGAAGCGCACUUGGAAAAGGUCCACGACCAUUGUGUACCCUGCAACCGCUCCUUUGAUAGCCCCCAACUACUCGAGGAACAUGACGUAUCGGCACACAAUCUGUGCACAAUCUGCAAAUCGUACUUUGCGACGCAACAAAAUCUGCGAUGCACUGUACAGCAUGCAAAAACACAUUCGGCCAAAAAUAUGGAAUGCUUUGGCUGCUACAGAACAUUUCGCUCUUCCUCAGCCGUGCUCUUGCACCUCGAAUCAGGGAAUUGCGCCUCAGAAGUGGACAAUGACUGGAUGGUUGAGCUCGCCUUUGAAUGUCACCAGUCGCGUUUUUACACGAGCGAAGAUGAUGACUACAACUUUGAGUGCCCAACUUGUGGCACUCCGUUUUCGGCAAUGAGCGGGCUGCUGCAGCAUGUUGAGAGUGAUGUCUGUACCGAGGAUGUGGCUAUGGGCAAACCGUUGUUCAAGUUUCUACGUUUUCUGCAGUCGCGUCUGGCCUGA